AUGGAUAAAAAUAAUGGCACUGAAAUAGCUGAAUUCAUUCUUCUGGGAUUUGCCGGCCAAUACAAGUCUUGGCUUAUCCUCUUUAUGGUAUUUCUAGUGAUCUAUGUGACCUCCCUGGUGGGUAAUAUUGGAAUGAUCCUACUCAUCAAGGUGGACCCUUGUCUUCACACCCCUAUGUACUUUUUCCUCCAACAUUUGGCAUUUGUUGAUCUCUGUUAUACCUCUGCUAUCACUCCCAAGAUGUUGAAAAACUUUGCAGGGACAAGUCACUCCAUAACAUUCAUAGGAUGUAUGGUGCAGCUGCUCGUCUACGGGAGUUUCGCCACAAGUGACUGCUACAUCCUGGCUGCUAUGGCAGUGGACCGUUAUGUGGCCAUCUGUAACCCACUCCGCUACCCGGUUGUCAUGUCCCAGAAGCUCUGCAUUCAGCUACUGGUUGGCUGCUAUUUUAUGGGUUUCCUGAAUGGUUCUGUAAACACAGGCUUUACUUUCUCUUUGAAGUUCUGCAGAUCCAAUGCAAUUAACCACUUUUUCUGUGAUGAACCUCCACUCCUUGCCCUGUCUUGCUCCAACACUGACUUCAAUGUCAUGCUCCUGACAGUCUUUGUAGGGUUCAACUUGGUGUGCACUGUGUUGGUGGUCAUCUUUUCCUACGUUUAUAUCCUGAUUGCCAUCCUUAGGAUGUCUUCUGCGGAGGGGAGGAAAAAGGCCUUCUCCACAUGUGCCUCCCACCUGACAGCUGUCACCAUUUUUUAUGGGACUCUGUCUUACAUGUACCUACACCACCGCACCAGUGAUUCACAGGAGCAAGAAAAAGUGGCAUCUGUGUUUUACGGCAUUAUGAUCCCCAUGUUAAAUCCUUUGAUCUACAGCCUGAGAAACCAAGAUGUGAUAGAAGCCUUUAAAAAAGUAGGAAAGAAAUGCUUCUAA